AUGAGUCCUUUCAUGAGAGUAGAGUCCAAUUUUAGAGCCGCAGUCCCUAUUGAAGGUGCUGCCUUCACAAAGAUUCAAGAGAGGCAAAUCACAAUUUCGUAUUGCACUGCCUGGCAGAAUUCUUCCACUCAAAUUCUUCCUUUACGAUCUUUUCUUCUCAAAAAGAUUCAAGAGAGUCAAAUCACAAUUUCGUAUUGCACUGCCUGGCAGAAUUCUUCCACUCAAAUUCUUCCUUUACGAUCUUUUUUCUCAAAAGGAUUCAAGAGAGGCAAAUCACAAUUUCGUAUUGCACUGCCUGGCAGAAUUCUUCCACUCAAAUUCUUCCUUUACCAUCUUUUCUUCUCAAAAAGAUUCAAGAGAGUCAAAUCACAAUUUCGUAUUGCACUGCCUGGCAGAAUUCUUCCCUCAAAUUCUUCCUUUACGAUCUUUUUCUCAAAAAAGAUUCAAGAGAGUCAAAUCACAAUUUCGUAUUGCACUGCCUGGCAGAAUUCUUCCAAUCAAAUUCUUCCUUUACGACCUUUUCUUCUCAAAAGAUUCAAGAGAGGCAAAUCACAAUUUCGUAUUGCCCUGCCUGGCAGAAUUCUUCCAAUCAAAUUCUUCCUUUACGAUCUUUUCUUCUCAAAAGAUUCAAGAGAGGCAAAUCACAAUUUCGUAUUGCACUGCCUGGCAGAAUUCUUCCACUCAAAUUCUUCCUUUACGAUCUUUUCUUCUCAAAAGGAUUCAAGAGAGUCAAAUCAUAAUUUCGUAUUGCACUGCCUGGCAAAUUCUUCCACUCAAAUUCUUCCUUUACGAUCUUUUUUUCUCAAAAGGAUUCAAGAGGCAAAUCACAAUUUCGUAUUGCACUGCCUGGCAGAAUUCUUCCCUCAAAUUCUUCCUUUACCAUCUUUUCUUCUCAAAAAGAUUCAAGAGAGUCAAAUCACAAUUUCGUAUUGCACUGCCUGGCAGAAUUCUUCCACUCAAAUUCUUCCUUUACGAUCUUUUUUCUCAAAAAGAUUCAAGAGAGUCAAAUCACAAUUUCGUAUUGCACUGCCUGGCAGAAUUCUUCCAAUCAAAUUCUUCCUUUACGACCUUUUCUUCUCAAAAGAUUCAAGAGAGGCAAAUCACAAUUUCGUAUUGCCCUGCCUGGCAGAAUUCUUCCAAUCAAAUUCUUCCUUUACGAUUUUGCUUCUCAAAAGAUUCAAGAGAGGCAAAUCACAAAUUGCACUGCCUGGCAGUAGAAUUCUUCCUCUACCAUCUUUUCUUCUCAAAAGAUUCAAGAGAGGCAAAUCACAAUUUCGUAUUGCACUGCCUGGCAGUAUUCUUCCACUCGAAUUCUUCCUCUACCAUCUUUUCUUCUCAAAAAGAUUCAAGAGAGGCAAAUCACAAUUUCAUAUUGCGCUGCCUGGCAGAAUUCUUCCACUCGAAUUCUUCCUCUACCAUCUUUUCUUCUCAAAAAGAUUCAAGAGAGGCAAAUCACAAUUUCGUAUUGCACUGCCUGGCAGAAUUCUUCCACUCAAAUUCUUCCUUUACGAUCUUUUUUCAAAAAGUUUCAAGAGAGGCAAAUCACAAUUUCGUAUUGCACUGCCUGGCAGAAUUCUUCCAAUCAAAUUCUUCCUUUACGAUCUUUUCUUCUCAAAAAGAUUCAAGAGAGGCAAAUCACAAUUUCGUAUUGCACUGCCUGGCAGAAUUCUUCCAAUCAAAUUCUUCCUUUACGAUCUUUUCUUCUCAAAAAGAUUCAAGAGAGUCAAAUCACAAUUUCGUAUUGCACUGCCUGGCAGAAUUCUUCCACUCAAAUUCUUCCUUUACGAUCUUUUCUUCUCAAAAAGAUUCAAGAGAGGCAAAUCACAAUUUCGUAUUGCACUGCCUGGCAGAAUUCUUCCAAUCAAAUUCUUCCUUUACGAUCUUUUCUUCUCAAAAGAUUCAAGAGAGUCAAAUCACAAUUUCGUAUUGCACUGCCUGGCAGAAUUCUUCCACUCGUAUUCUUCCUCUACCAACAUUUCUUCUCAAAAAGAUUCAAGAGAGGCAAAUCACAAUUUCGUAUUGCACUGCCUGGCAGAAUUCUUCCACUCAAAUUCUUCCUUUACGAUCUUUUUUCUCAAAAAGUUUCAAGAGAGGCAAAUCACAAUUUCGUAUUGCACUGCCUGGCAGAAUUCUUCCAAUCAAAUUCUUCCUUUACGAUCUUUUCUUCUCAAAAAGAUUCAAGAGAGGCAAAUCACAAUUUCGUAUUGCACUGCCUGGCAGAAUUCUUCCAAUCAAAUUCUUCCUUUACGAUCUUUUCUUCUCAAAAAGAUUCAAGAGAGUCAAAUCACAAUUUCGUAUUGCACUGCCUGGCAGAAUUCUUCCACUCAAAUUCUUCCUUUACGAUUUUUUCUUCUCAAAAGAUUCAAGAGAGGCAAAUCACAAUUUCGUAUUGCACUGCCUGGCAGAAUUCUUCCACUCAAAUUCUUCCUUUACGAUCUUUUUUCUCAAAAAGUUUCAAGAGAGGCAAAUCACAAUUUCGUAUUGCACUGCCUGGCAGAAUUCUUCCAAUCAAAUUCUUCCUUUACGAUUUUUUCUUCUCAAAAGAUUCAAGAGAGGCAAAUCACAAUUUCGUACUGCACUGCCUGGCAGAAUUCUUCCCUCGAAUUCUUCCUCUACCAUCAUUUCUUCUCAAAAGAUUCAAGAGAGGCAAAUCACAAUUUCGUAUUGCACUGCCUGGCAGAAUUCUUCCCUCAAAUUCUUCCUUUACGAUUUUUUUUCUCAAAAUUUAUAUCGUCUGCUUUCUCGCUCUCUCAUCCUCCACCGCCCCAACCUUCGCUCUCAGUAAUUCCUCUUCUUCCUUUUCAUGAUUAUUCGCCCCUUUUAUUCCUCUCCGAACAAUGUAAAUACCUCUCUCUCUCUCUAUCUCUCUAUUUUUUCUCCUCUCUCUCUCUCUCUCUCUCUCUCUCUCUCUCUCUCUCUCUCUCUCUCUCUCUCUCUCUCUCUCUCUCUCUCUCUCAUAUACAUCUUAUACACCGGGAUAUUUGCAAUUGA